UAAUGUCAGCUAGACCUUCUGGAUAUUAAAAAUUUAAAGAUGAAGAAGCAUUUGUAAGUAAUCGACAAGAGAAAGCUGUUGAUGUAAGUGCAGGAGUACUUGGAAAGGGAGCUGGAGCUGCAGAUUUCCCUAUUGAUUAAAUACCUCCUAAUUUUGAGUUUGCAGAAUUACAUAGAGUACUAUUAUGAUAUUAAUGAUUAGGAAGCAUGGAAUGUUGGUACAACUAAAUUAUCAAAACGAUAAAAACGAAAUCUAUAGAAACAUUAAAAAACUUAAUCAAAUAAUAUUGAAAAUGAUAUGAUUGGAAAAAUAUGUGAUUGUUGUGCAAGAUAGGUUCCUAAUCAUUUACUUUCUUUAGGAUGUAAUAACAGAGAUUAUUCAUUUUUAGGAGCAGGUAAUAAAUAUUUUAUUCUAGGCAUGCCCUUGUAUUUUGAAUAUAUUAAAUCUUGUAUCUUGAUGCUUUUAAUUAUAUUUGUAACUUCAGGAGACUAUAAUAUAAUAACAAAUAUUGCUUUUGGUAAGUCAUGUUAAGUUUUGAAUAAAGAACUAUAAGGUUAGGAUAUAGAUGAGAAACAGUUUUGUUAACUUUCUUGGGCAACUUAAACAUCAUUGGCUAACAAAAGAAAUGGAGAUUAAUUUAUAGAUUUGUAAUAAAUGUUAAAUCUAAUUUCAAUGAUUACACUUAUUCUAUUAUUCCAAUAUUUCCGUAAAGAAUAAAGAGCUUUUGAUGCAGAAAUAGAUUCAUAAACAUAAUAUGCUUCUGAUUUCACAAUUCUAUUAAAAAAUAUACCUACUGAUCCAACAGGUUUGUAAAAUGGUGAUUUUGAUGAGGAUUUAAAAACUUUUAUGGAAUAAUAUGUUUAAACUUAUCCAAAAUUACCUGAAAUUGUUGAUUAUGAACAAGAAAGGAAAUAAUAUUAAAUAUAAUCAAAAAAACCAGUUACAGAUUUAAGAAGAGUCGUCUCAGUUAAUUUAUGUUAUAAUUUGGAUGAAUAAUAUUAGCUUGAACAAUAAAAGUAAUAGAAAAUAGUAUAAAAGCAGAAAGUAUUUCAAUAUAUAUAUAAUUAGAUUCUUUCAUCAUUAUAUAGUUAAGGUAAAGAACCUUUAAGUUAAGAAGUUUAAAAUGAUCCUUAAUUGGUUUCAGUUGAUGCAGAGAUAUCAGCUAUUGAAUCUAAAUUAGAAGAACUAGAAAAGAAAUUUAUAGAAGGUCAAGAUGUUAAAAACUAUUUUUUGGGAUAGGCAUUUGUUACAUUUUAAUGGGAGAAUGAUGCUUAAUCAAUAUUAAAUGAACAUAAACUUUCUAAGUUUUAAAGAUUAAUAGGAAAGAAAAGCAAAUUAAUCUAUAGAGGAGUGCCUUUAAUUGUAGAAGAACCACCUGAACCAACUGAUGUUUUUUGGGAAAAUCUUCAUAUAUCAACAAAAUAAAAGAUUUUAAGAAGAUUAUUUGGUUAUACUAUUACAGCAAUCAUUUUAGCAAUAUGUGGAGGACUUAUUUAUUGGUUAUCUGCUAUCUAAGCUGAAAGUGCAGAAGAAUAAGCAGAAGCAAUUAAAAAUGGAGACUUAAAACCUAAUAUGAAGGUUAAAAUAAUAGCUUAAGUAGCAUCAAUCUCAAUUAUAGUCAUUAAUGCUAUAUUGGCAAUGAUUAUAAAGAAUGUAUCAUAAUUUGAAAGAUUUUCAACAUAAACUGGAUAUAAUAUUAGUUUGGCAAGUAAAUCAAGCUUAGCAUAAUUUAUCAAUACUGCUGUUAUAACUUUUGCCAUAAGUACUUGGGUAACCAAAAAUAUUUAUGGAGCAGGAGGACUUGUUUAUAAUUAAUCAUAAGUUUUUGUACUGAAUGCUAUCAUACCUGCUAUUAUUUCUUUAAUUGAUGCUGGUACAAUUUCUAAAUGGUUGUUCUAAUAUUUGGAAAAGAAAAAAGGAAAUAAAUCUGUUAAAACAUAAAAAUAAUUACACGAGUAUUAUUAUUAAUAAUAAUUUUAGAUUAUAUGAAAGACCUGCUUUUGAUAUAUCAGUUGCAUAUGCUACUAUUUUAAAAAACAUGUAUGUUGUUGCAUUCUAUGCAUCUGUCAUUCCAUUAGCCUUGAUAAUUACAUGUUUUGCAUUGUUAUUACAUUAUUGGGUUGAAAAGUUAAAUAUUGCUAGAAGAAGAUCAAUUAAAUAUAAUUAUAGCUCAUAAAUGUCAAUAGAAAUGAUUGAAUAAUUAGAAUUAGUCUUGCCUAUUUAUUGUGUAUAUAUUUAUUUUAAUAUAGGGAACUAAUUUAUGGUGGGAAUAUGCAUUUCUUGGAUCAAUCUCAACUGAAGCUAUUAUAGGAAUAUGCUUAGGUAUUGGAAAUGCAAUUCUACCUAUGCAUGAAAUAAAUGAAGCAGUAUUCCCUAUGCAAUCUGAGGUAGAUGAAUAUCUUCCAAUAUAAGAAGCUGAAGCAGGAUUUCUAACUGUAAUUAAUAUCCAAUAUUAAUUAUAUAGGAUUAUUGUAGAGAAAAUCCUGCAACUGCUGAAACUGCAAGAUAAUAAUAUAAAACCAGAGUUGAAAAACAUAAACAACAAAAGUAAAAUAUGGAUAAAAUGUUUGGAGAUGCAUGA